CGCGACGCGCCCCGCGCAUGCCCGGGACGCAGCCACGGUACCUUGGGCGCUCGCGCCGGGUCGCGGAGCGCGGGUUGCUCUGCCACCGUCCGGCAUGAAGGGCUGGGGUCUUGCUGCUGCCUCCUCGUCGCUCCAGCGCCAUGGAAUGCCUGCGGAGCUUGACCUGGCUCCUGCCCCGCGCGGUGGGGCUGCCCCGGCGCACCCUGUGUGCUCUGGCCUUGGGCCUGACCCCUGCAGCUCGCCCUGUUGCUGCUUGCGUCCGCGCAGCCGAACUACUCGGAGGGAGCCGGGCCGCGCUGCUGUGCGGGCCCCGCCGGCUCCGCGUGGCAGGUGAAGUGCACCGGUUUAGAACUUCUGAUGUCUCUCAAGCCACUUUAGCCAGUGUAUCCCCAGUGUUUACUGUGACAAAAUUUGACAAAGAGGGAAAUGUUACUUCUUUUGAAAGGAAGAAAACUGACUUAUAUCAAGAAUUAGGUCUUCAAGCAAGAGAUUUGAGGUUCCAGCAUUUAAUGAGCAUCACAACCAGAAACAAUAGGAUUAUCAUGAGAAUGGAGUAUUUGAAAGCUGUGAUAACUCCAGAGUGUCUCCUGAUAUUAGAUUAUCGUAAUUUAAAUUUGGAGCAAUGGCUAUUCCGGGAACUCCCUUCACAGUUGGCUGGAGAGGGUCAGCUUGUCACAUACCCUUUACCAUUUGAGUUUAGAGCUAUUGAAGCACUCCUGCAGUAUCGGAUCAGCACCCUUCAGGGGAAACUUAGCAUUUUGCAGCCACUGAUACUUGAGACGUUGGAAGCUUUAGUGGAUCCCAAACAUUCUUCUGUAGACAGAAGCAAACUUCACAUCUUGCUACAAAAUGGCAAAAGUCUAUCAGAGUUAGAAACAGAUAUUAAAAUUUUUAAAGAGUCGAUUUUGGAGAUCUUGGAUGAAGAAGAGUUGCUAGAAGAGCUCUGUCUAACAAAAUGGAGUGACCCACAAGUCUUUGAAAAAAGCAGUACUGGAAUUGACCACGCAGAAGAGAUGGAGUUGCUCUUGGAAAACUACUAUCGAUUAGCUGAGGAUCUUUCCAAUGCAGCUCAUGAACUUAGGGUACUGAUUGAUGAUUCACAAAGUAUUAUAUUCAUCAAUCUAGACAGCCACCGUAAUGUGAUGAUGAGGUUGAACCUGCAGUUGACCAUGGGAACCUUCUCUCUUUCGCUCUUUGGACUAAUGGGAGUUGCUUUUGGAAUGAAUUUGGAAUCGUCCCUCGAAGAGGACCAUAGAGUGUUUUGGCUGAUUACAGGAAUCAUGUUCAUGGGGAGUGGCCUGAUCUGGAGGCGUUUACUGUCAUUCCUUGGACGACAACUCGAAGCUCCUUUGCCUCCUGUGGUGGCCUCUUUACCUAAAAAGACUCUCCAGGCAGAUAGAAGGAUGGAAAUGAAACACACCUUCAGGCCGGAUGGACUUGGAUCAAGCAGGAGCCUCCUCACAAACCGUUAGAAACAACCUGGUGGAUGCUGAAUUAUUUUUUAUGGUAGUCACAGGAAACUUCAGAUACUCUUUUAAUACUUUCUUUUAUAGAGUCAGAGUCUUGAAAAAAAUCACUGACAUUUAAAUUAUAAGUCUGUGGUAAAAAUACUAUGGCAGUCAUCAUACUGGAACUUAAUUGCAUUUUCUGCAAUUAAGAAUUCUGAGUAAAGCAGCAAGGUGCUUGCUUUGUAAAAGGCCAAAAUUCUAUUUCCUACAAACUUAAAAAGCUGUUUUUAUAGACACGAUGUGAGGCAUGGAGAGAUUAACUUAACAAAAGAAUAGAUUUUAUUUUAUUUAUACAUAUCAAGAAAAGUGCGAUUUCAUGCCGAAUGAAGCCUGGAAACUUGACAAACCCACAGUUACAAGAUCAGGUAGCCGUAGUUUUUAGUCGGUACAGGGAAUCAGGUCCUUUCGAAUUUCCUGACUCUCAGGUGACUGAAAAGCUAGCAAAAUAUAUAUCAACUUUAAAACAAGGACCGGAAGUUUGUGCUUUAAGUCAAUUUUUGAUAUAACCUUAUGUUCUUGUAUCUGUCCUCUUUUUAUAUAAAGGUGAAUAAAAAGAAGGAAAUGAUCAUUUAACAUCAGCUUUAUAUGGAUUCCAAUUAAUCAAGAUUUUACUUUCUUGACCCCUGAAACUAUUUUUGUUUGCUUGGCUAUGAUUAAAGCCUUUGGAAGUUGAGUUGAAAGGAAGUGUUUCCAUUAUGUUCCUGUUCUAUAGCUGCUCUGGUCAUUCCCUGAUUUUGAGAGUAGAU